AUGGCGGAUUUCGAUCCGAUCCAGCGCCGCAAAGUGCAGCCACGUCCAAAGGACGUGAUCAACCUCAAGCUGAUGACGCUGGGCGAUGUUGGCGUGGGAAAGUCCACGCUGGUACACUCCUUUUGCGCGGACGGCGACGUCGUGCUGGAAGCCGGGGAGCCGACGGUCGGUGCCGACUUCAAGGUGAAGAUGCUCAAGCACGCCGGUAAAGACUUCCGCGUGAACAUCUGGGACGCAAGUGGCGACCUCAAGUUCAUUGAUGUGCGGAACGAGUUUUACAAGGAAGCUCAAGGAGUCGUCCUGGUCUUUGACGUGACAUCCAAGCGGUCCUUCCAAAAUCUGGAGAAGUGGACGGACGAGGUGACGAGGUACGCUCAAGGCAGUGAACCGAUCUAUGCCGUGGUAGGUACAAAGACAGACCUGCAUCCGCGCCUGGUACAAGAGCAGGCAGUGGCCAGAUAUACACUCCUGCUGGAUGCUACGCAUCGGGAUCACUUGUCCGUGGCAGAAUGCAUGAGGGCUACAGCGGCUAAAGUUAUCCUCGCCCCUUACACGGCAGGUGGCACGGGACUGGGCGAAAAGCAGAGGGAUGCCGUACUUCGAAGUCUCCGGGUUUGGGGUGGAAGCCUUCCCGAGAGGCUUCUGCCAGUUUGUCUUGGCAUUGUUUGGGUGCUGGUGGACUUGUGGUUCGACAACGUGCACGUGACAUGCUGCGAGAAUGUUAGGACGCGGCUGGCGAUGGCCAAGCCCCCUCAGGCACCCUGGCCCAAUGACGUCGAAGUUCCGUCCACAAGCUUCGACGAGAUCAUCGUGUGUGCCUCGUCGGUUGUGAGGAACUUGGUCAGCAGGAUCGGCCUGGAGCUGGUGAAGGACCAGGUUGGCACGCAAUGGGCAACAGCAGUGUUCCGCAACCAUCCGCGGAACAUUGAAGAGCUGGAGAGGGAAGUCAUCAGAAGUAAGUGCAUGCUGAUGGCGAACACGCAUGGGGACGUGGAGCGUUUGGCCGCGGUGUCGACCAUCAACAUCAGCCGACGCGACGGCACCAGCCUGAUGCAACUCGGGACCUGGGAUCCCGAAGUCGGGCUCCGGGUCAGCUGCAAGCUUCCGGGCACGAAGCAGGAGCUCGGAGAGACGGCACAGGAGGCCAUGAGCCGCGUCCUGGAAACAGACCUGCUGCCCUUUAAGGGCUUGGUU